GAAUAUUUAUUUGACUUAAAAAAACUUGAAAAAACUAAAAGCAAGUUAUGAAAGGAACGUGUUGAUGCAGAAAAUGCGUUGAAAUUUUCAAUGGCUAAGGCACAAUGAAAAAAAAGUAGAAGAAGCAUUAGUGGCAGUGUGUGUAAAUGUUCAAAGCAGAAAAAAAAGUUGGAAAUACGGCGUGAAUGAAGAAACGUAAAUGUAAGAAAAGGAUUGGAGUGCGGGCAGAAAAGUAGUUAAAACGACGAAUGCAACUCUUUGACAAGUAAAAUGACAAAUUAAAAAAAAUAAUUAGUAAAUCAUUAAAAAGAAAUACUUUGGCAGACAAAGCAAAAACAAAAUCAUUGAUUGUUAUAAAGUGCUGUCACUGCAAUUGUGGUUACAUACGCAAACGUCGCCAUAGCCACGUACGUCCGUGGCGGAUACACCGGCAUUGGACAACUAUCUGGCUACUCACGCUAGUGGAACAGAACGAUUUAUUUGAACAACGAGCAGAGUAUAGAAUUACACAUUAUAUUCAACAUCACACCGUACAUUUUUACGUUGGUCGCAAAAAUUCAUAUUAAGAAUUUUGCAUAAGAUCCGACUUGCGGGCUAUCAAGCACAUACCAAUAAUUACACUAUUUUAAUGGCAUUUGUUUGCCCACCUCCCCCUCUGAUGCGGAAAAAUGAACAAUGAAAUCAGUGGUAAGACUCUUCUAUCCGUCACCGCAUCGAUUGCCGCUACCAUUAUACCUGACACACCUAUUGUGUCCAUAGCCGGUGCCACUUUAAGUGAAAUAACCACUACAACAACUUCAACGACAACAACACCAACACCAACAUCUUUCAUACCAUCAAAUAAAACCAACAAAGACCAUAUAAACGCCAAUUUGCCAAACAAUCCAAUGUCUGAUGCUGCUGUCGCCAAGUCAGCUGGAGGCAACAGUACCGCCGCUGCAAACAAUACCACAUCUAAUACACCCGCAGAUACAGGUGGUAUCGCCGGCAAAAAUUCUUCACUAGAACAUACCACUAUUGUGAACAUUGCCAACGCUGAAAAAUCAGAUGACGCUAUUGCAAAUGCAUCAACUGACACAAAGAAAUCUGAUAUCUCCGAUUUAGAAGAACCAGAGUUAAAAAAGCUACUCGACGAGGCCUACAAUUAUAAGACACCCAAGGACAAAAAAGAUAAAAGCGAAAUAUUCUUGGAUUUGCUGCAGAAGGUGGAAAAUGAAGAUCUGGGCAUAACAUCGACACGUGCGGAUAGUCAUCGUCAUCAUCCGCAUUCACAGAGUCGUCAUCAACAGAAGCAGGGUGGCUCAUUGCAAGAUCUCUUACAGCUGCCAUCCGAUUAUCGACGCCAAAAUCAUACAUCACGUCACAAGAAAAACUCAUCCGUGUCUUCACGGCAACGUGAGGGCGGAAGUUUACCCAGCAACGUCAAUGUUGCCAAUUGCUUGCUAAGCAGCUUUGGUCAACAAUCGUCCAUAUAUACGGAUAAACGUGUGCGUCGAGGUAUUUUGCCAGGCGUGGAAAGUGCUACAGUUUCUUUGAAAAGCAACAAGACAUUGGUUGGCGUAGUUGGUCUGGCUGUUAGCGACCCAAACGCCAAUUGUUUGCUUAGUAGCUUUGAACAGCAGACACCUGCCUACGCGGAUAAACCUGUUCGUCGUAUUCUUGGUCUUGCUGGUGGUGAUCCCAACGCAACUACUGGUGGUACAGGCACCAGUGGCAGUUCUGGCACGAAUUCAGUAGGUAUAUGUAGCAAGGACAGUGGCAACAGUGUUGGUGCUAGCGUGACAAGUGUCAUUGGAGGCACUGGGAAUAUGGCGACCACAGCGAGUGGGCAUAGUGUUGGUGGCACGAUGGCAACUGGCGCGGGUAUUGUUAAUAACCCAGUAAAAAGUGCCAAUUCCAUUACUGGUAGUAGUGAUUAUAUUAUUAAUAUUGGCGAUAUGAUCGAUAUUCAACAGCAGCAACAAAUUUUACCAUCGAAAGCACAAGACGGCGGGCAGGGCUUGCCGUAUUAUGAACGUGUGGAUAUUGAUAUGCGCAUACCGCGUCCAAAUUUGCACCGAGGAGAGGGUGUAGAUUUCGCCCCAGCACACUCCCAUCAUUAUGUAGACGAAGUAAUUCGUUUUCAUCAAAUCGAUGGCGGAGAUGGUAGUUUGUGUGAGAGUGGUGAAGUAGCCAUUUCAGUUAACAAUCUUGGCAACAAACUCAAGUCGGCAGCUGCGUCCUGUUCCCUCCCGAUGCCGUUAGACGAGCGAUACCGGUCCAUUAAAUCGGUGAUGGGUGAGAAGGGCGACAACGCCGGCGCCAAUUUGAAUACAGCAGUUACAGCAAAAGCUUCCGGAACAAUAACAUCAAACAGUGGUGGUUCAAUCAGUAACUCAAAUAAUAAUUCAGGUGGUGGUGUCGGCAGCAACAGUAUCGGUAUAGGCAGCUACACAAAGUCACUACCAUUAUCGCGUCAGACUGACGAGAACGGCAACGAUUGCGAACGUCAGCAGCACAAUAGCAGCAGCAGCAGUAUUACUGUUAGCGCAGGUCAAUCGCAAGCGAAGGCCAAAACUAAGAAGAAGCCACAAAAGGACAACACCAUACCUGUCGAUGUUGAGAAUGAGGCUGGGUACCGCGGCAAGGAUCCUGUCGAAGUAUUGCUGAAGUUCAUAGAAGAAGAUACCAAGCAGAGUGGUAGUGGUGGCAACAAAUUCGCCGAAAAUAAUAAAAAGAAAGAACGUAAAAAGGAGAAAGUGAAACAAAGUAAAAUGAAGAAAAGCAAUUCACUGGAGGAGUUGCGUAGUUGUGCCAAGAUCGAUGUUGGUGAACUUAAACAAUCAGCUGCCACUACUGAGAGCAGUAAUGUCACAAUGCGCAGCAAAGGUAGUGGGGGUGGCAAGGGUGGCAAGAAUAAUUCUGCUUCUAUAGCUGAUAUAAAUAAAAACUUCGAUGGUGGCAGCAAGGAAGGGCCAAACACUUCACCAACUAGCGGUGGCAAGCAAGCGAAUGUGGUUGCCACCAAUUCAAAUACAACGGUGAGCAAUCGCAAAAGCGAACGACGUUCGUGGGGCACUGAGGAGUUGCAAUAUUUGGGAAGUGAAGGCAGUGUUGGCGGUGCUGGUAGUAACAGUGGUUCCGUUGUUGGUAGCGGUGAGGACAAGGUGAAGGAAAAGAAAGAUAAGAAAAGUAAGGAGAAGGAUAAAGAUAAAGAACGCGAUGUAGAAAAAGAGAAGGACAAAGGCAAGGAUAAAGAUAAGGAGAAGGAGAAGGAAAAAGACAGUGAUAAGCAUGAUAAACUGACAAAUAAUAAGAUUGACGGUAAUACAAAAACGGAUAAACAAGAAAAAAAUGAUAAAGUUGAAAAGGCAGAAAAGCAGGAGAAAGUUGAAAAGCAGGAACGAGCCGACAAGGCGGAGAAACGCAAAAGAUCCGAGAGCAUUAUGCAAACUCCGAUUGCCAACUCAGUGGAGCGUCAAGAUGCCGGUACACCGGUAUUCUCGGCAAUCGACUUGUUGUCUAUGAAUGCGCUGAUAUCCGAGACGGCUGAAUUUCAUGUGGUUACCAAAAAGAAGAAGCCAAAGAAGCAGCGCGCUUCCAUUGACGAAACUCAUUUUACACAAAACUCGAAUUAUAACAACAGCAACAACAACAGUGGCCACAACAACUAUAAUAAUAGUAAUUGUGGCACAACUUCGCGAGCGCACAAUAUGGUAUUGAAUGCACAGAAAAAUAACAACAACAUCAAUAGUAAUAAUAAUAACAAUAAUGUGUCACAACAACAACAACAGCAGCAGCAACAAUCACGUUAUAAAUACCAUAACAAUAAUGCGCAUGGAUUUAACGCUUAUGGAAACGGUGGUGGUAGUGGAAAUAACAACAAUAGCUUUGGCGAAGAUGGACGUCUUGAUUAUCGCAAUAAUUACAAUUCCAAUUAUAAUAAUAACUACAAUACCAACCACUCGCAUCAGCAGUAUGGCUAUCAACACCAGCAACAGCAGCAGCAAGGUCCUUACCAUCACCAUCAGCAUAAUAAUCAACAACAACAACAUCAGCAUCACCAUCAUGCUCACAAUGUGAACAGCGGCUCCACAGACAAAUCGCGCCGUAAAUCAACUUCCUCAGUGCCACCUUCGGAGAAAUCCGAUUCUAGUGAUCUCGAUUCAGUGCAUUCCUUGCCCAUAGAAUCAACCACAGCUUCAGCGACCAAAAACAAACAGCGUCACAAGCAGACCGACGCAUCGACCACAGCUACGCCAGAAACACCGAAGAGUACGGCGAGCGGUGGUUCACCAGGUUCGGCGCCGAUUUCCUAUGCACAUAUCGCCGCGGCAGCAGCUGCGGAUCGUUGGCCCAGUCUGGACGCUGCUAACAAUAACAGUGCAAUGGCAAAUGGCAUUAAUACCUCUCCUACUAUUGCCAACAAUGCGGCCGAACAGUUGCAGACACAAGUGACCAACAAUUGUGAAAUUGCUAUAUCCGCCUCUCUGUCAAAUGCCAGUAACAGCCCCUCCACGGCAACAGCAGUUGUUGCCACAUCAAUAAAUUCUGCCAGCAAACAGGGUAAGAGUAAGAAGCUCACCAUCAAACCGGAUUUCCCAGAGCUGGGUUCUAGCAGCGCUACGAUUGCGACGACGUCAGAUAACAGCAAGCCAAACAUAGCGUCCGCAGCCAUUCCCGUGAUUGCCGCUGCUCCGAAAACUAUAUCAUAUUCUCAGAGUCUAGUUGCCGCACCCGCACAAUUAAUCACCCAGCCUAACAUUGGAAGUAUUGCAAACGGUGAGAAAGUGGCUGGCCCCACAGUCGACGCAGUCGUUGCAUCUACCGUUGCUGCUGCUCCUGCUGUUCCAGACAGCAAUACCAUAACGGAUGUCAACAAGGUUGAUACCAUCAAUAGCAUAUCGGCCUCGGCGCGUUUGCCACAACAGCAGCCAAUGCAGCACCAACAUUCUCAGCAUCAAAUGCAGACUCUACAAAAGUCAAAAAGUGUCGAAAACGAUAGUUACAGUUUCAACAGUAGUAACCUGGAUCAACAGUAUCCGGCCUUAGAAAAGACAGUGAAACGUCAUAGCGCCACUAACGUAUCUAUUUCACCACAAACGGCUGCCGCCACACUUGUUGUUGGCGCAGUAGGCAGUAGUGGUAUUCAAACACUGGCCACCAGUUCGGUGCCACCCGCAAAUGUUACUAGUUCCACUAAAUUUAAUUUCGCCGCGGCUGCCAAACAGCUCGUAGUCAAAAGCUGUUCUAUGUCACAACCGAUGUUAACACAAGACCCGACAAUAGCAGGAGCAGCGGCGCAGCCAUCAACAGUUUCAGCUUUAACUACCUCAGGCCCUCCAGUUGCAUACCCAACAGUACCGGGCAACGCGGCCAUUACUGCUGCAGCAAAUGUUACGGUGGCGCCAGUAACAAUGCCAGUUCGCAAGUCAAAAGAAAAGUCACCAACAGCUGUAUUUGCGCCGCCGACAGCGAUCAGUGCACUUGCAACCGCAGCAGUAGUACCAACAGCAAGUGCAAACUUAGCUGUCCAGACGCCCGAUGUAAGCGCUGUGAUCAUUACUGCACGGAAAAGCAAGAAAGAAAAGUCACAGCCAGUGCUUAUCGCAGAUCCGACCAUAAGCUUAACAACAAUCACUGAGCCGCAUGCUCACGUUGCACAAAAAUUGAGUACAGCCACCCAGACGCAAGCGACGUCCAUGGAUAUAGUUACUAUUAGUAAAACUUCGCGCUCACAAUCAAAUAUAGAUGUGAGCAGCGAAACGGUUGUGAUACCACCCAUUGUGAGCAAACCGCAGAGGCAGCAUGUUAGCACCGCCACUAAUAUCAGUAAAUGCCAUAUUGCACCUGCUGCUACAACGGCAACCAACUUAACAAAUGCCGGCGCUGUGGCAGGUACUCUUAGUUGCAACGCGCCUAGCAACCGGCCGGCAGUUAUAAUUUUGAAUGACGAUCGCACCGGCGACAGCAGCGCCGUUGGCAUCGAAUUCACGUUUGGUGACUUCAACGAGGACGAAUUGAAGUUCUUCGACGACAACAUUGCCGAAGACGAGUGCUCUGAUGAGUUGGCAGCUGAUGAUUCAGCGAUACAGCAGCCAUCACAAUCAGCGGCCGCUCCAACUUUGAACGCUGGUGGUGCAAACAGUGCGUAUACAAAAAAUGCUGUCGUGCCAGUAGAGAACGUCGGACUCUAUGCAGCAGUCAGGGCUGCAUCGCCACAGCCAACUUUUGUCGGGCCGCCUUUAAGCAACGUUCCUGUUGUUAAAGACAUUGGACUUAUUGUGAAAACGCCAGUAACCGCAGUCGGUAACGCUGUCAACAACAACACCGUUGAUCAAGCCAACGUGAAUGACAAUAGUAGCGUUGGAAGUGUGGCCGGUUCCGACACUGACUUACAGCUCCAGCUGCAGUUACAGCAGCAGCAGUUGCAGCGGCGAAAUAGCGAAACGCAAAAGUUGCAACAACUAGAGACUUGCAAUGACAUUGAGACCGCCAUUAUAGCUGCGGCGCGCGCAGCCGCCGAACAGCAACAUCAACAGCCACCAAUGCAGCCACCACCGCUGCAGCAACAACGUUCAUAUCGGCACAAACACCAACAACAAUAUAGAAGUACUUCCUAUGGCAACGCUUACGAGCCACCACAACAGCGCGAGCAACGUUCACAGUCCGCAUACACGCGUGAUACGCCGAAUAACUACCAACAACAACAUCACUAUCAUAGUCAAUACCAUCAGCAGCCGCACUAUCACUACCACCAAAGUAGCAGUAGUAACAGCGCCUCACGCAGUCGUAGCAGCAGCAGUAACAACAAUGCUAAUUCAUAUGAUGUUUCGGGGAGCACACCGCCUCCACAAUCACCAAAUCCCACAACAUCCGUUGUUGUGAAUAUACAACGUAAAGAAUUCGACAUAAAUUUCAUUCCGCCCACAGUGUCGAACGCAUACAACGCGUUGCAACACAACGAGAUUAUUGUGGAUUUCAUUGGCUCCGCUUGGGAGGAAGUGGCUAAAGUGACGAAAUUCUACGAAGGACAAUAAAACGCCGCCACAACAGUAGCAGCAAAUACAUAGGCAUUGCAAUCACUGCAUUACAACAUAAACAAAGCCCAAAAUUAAACAAAAAAGAAAAAACGACAACACGCCCAUGCGCCCAUGCGCCAAACAUGAAAAGCCGCAGCGUCUGACAGAAUUUGUUACCUACAGCGUGCCUACACUAGCGUGGCGUAGGCAUGACUGUCAGCUUUACCAAAAUGCAUAACGAGUAGUUACCGGCUUGUGACAUUUUGUGUUAUUUCUGCUGGGCGCUUAUAAUGUUGUUUGAUUAAAUUAAAGUGUUACGCUGAACUCAGUGCCGUGGUUGCGCGUUGCAUUGUCAAAUAAACGAAAUCGCAAGUACGUAAAGGCAAACAAAUAUAACAAUUAUAAUAAAAUCCAAAUACAGAGUGGGAAAAAGAGCGCGUGUGAAGGAGGCAUACUUGUAAUAUACAAGGAUAUAUACAUACGUAUAUAUGAAAACGAUAAACACAAAUGCACAUAAAUAUAUGUAUGGCCUAAUAGGUAACCAAAAAUGUAUAUAUGUAUGUGUAUAUUGAUUUUGUCUGUACAUGGCUGCUUGUGUGCUUUUAUCGCUUCGCUGAAACUCUAACUCUAACUAAUAUAAAUAUUAUUUUAAUUUACUUAGAAGUUAAUCAGCGAAAAUAUUAGUUUAUAAAACGAAUACGAAUUCGAAAUCCAUAGAGAGAGAGACAGAGAGACAAUGUGAAAAUGAGCGUAAAAGAUGAAUUGAAAUAAAUAUGAAAAAAUAUAAUUAUGAAAAUAUAUGGAUGUAGAAAGCGUGUGGAAAUGGUUUGAGGCAGCACAUAGGAAAGCAACGUAAACUUGAACUGUAUGAAAUCUCUCAUAUGUACUUGAAAAAAAAAAUAUAUAUAUUUUUAUUAAACUGGAAACUAUACAUUAAAAUACACAUUUAAAUAAUUUUAUAUGCAAAUUUAAUGAAUUGUUAUAAACAACUAAAACUUUCUGAUUGUAAUGCUGUGAACGAAGGGCUUAAAGUACAGAUGAUUUUACAAUGCAGCAAAUGUCUGGCAAGCGGAGUCGUGACUGAAAUGGCAACUUGGCGAACUCUGACGCUUCGGAUUUGCUCUCUCUAAUAGUACGCAAGCAAAAGAAGCUGUACAAUACAUAUAGUAGUUAUAGAAAUGCGUACAUAUGCAAAAAUAUAUAUUAAAACAUUUAAAUAUAUAAUUAGCUACUAUAAAUGUACUUUAUUAUUGUAUGUUUACAUUUAUAUACAUGUUGUGCUGCUGUCUCGGAACGCCGACUGCACUCAGUGAGUGCGAGAGUGGGAGAGUGUAGCAUAGAGAGUUGUGUGACAAAAAGCAAAAUUAAAUAAAAAAAAUUAAUUUGUAAAAAGUUGAUCAGUUAGAGGCAAAACAAUUAAACAAAACUAAUUGUAACUGUAUCAGCACCGCACCUUCUCUAUUGCAGCAUUCCAGUGAGCGUUCUACGUGUAAGCAAACGUAGCAGCAGCGCAGACAAAAACAAACACGAAAAAGGCAUAUAUAACACAACAUAAAUAAGCCAAUAAGUGAAAUAGCGGUAAAGCGAAUCAACUGAACUAUUAAAAUAAUGCAUAAAUUACAAAAACAAAAUAAAUAAUAAACACACACGUAUACAACUCAUAUGGUGGAAAACAUUGCAUACAUGCACAUUUGUAGAUAUACAUAUACAUAUAUAUUAGUAUAUGCCGCUCGCAUUAAUAAUAAAUAAUAAAAGUUGUAACUGUAUAAUUAAUAAUGGCAAUGAAAUAACGCGAUAUUAAAACUUAUUUAACACUAACUAAACUACUAAAAAUAGCAACAAAAUUUGCAAAAAAAAAAAAAAA